AUGUUGAACGCAAUCCUACCGCUGGCUCUAUGCCUCGUAGGUCAAGUAGCCGGUCAGACAGUAUACUUGGCUGGUGACUCGACAACAGCUCCAGGAGGUGGUGGCAAAGGCACUGAAGGAUGGGGUCAAUAUCUGCACUACUCCAUGAAAAUACCAGUCGUAAACAAGGCCUUUGCUGGACGCUCUGCUCGCAGCUUUACCCGCGAAGGACGCUUCGAUGACAUCGGAAAGCUCCUCACCAAAGGCGACUUUGUCGUCAUCGAAUUCGGCCACAACGAUGGCAGCAGUAGCCCUGACAAUGGGAGAUCAGAUUGUCCUGGCAGCGGUACCGAGACAUGCCAAUAUACCUACAACGGCGUCACCGAGACCGUCCAUACCUUCCCCUACUACCUCGAGCAAGCAGCAAAAAGCUACGUCGCCAAAGGCGCUCAUGUAAUCAUCUCUUCUCAAACACCCAACAACCCUGACGAGUCUGGUGUCUUUGUCGGUACACCUCCUCGCUUUGUUGCCCUUGCGAAGACGGCAGCUACGAAUGCAAAGGUGGAUUACGUCGAUCACAGCGCUUACAGCUAUGCUGCUUAUAAGCCUUUGCCUGUUUCUACCGUCAACAGCUACUUCCCGAAUGAUCACACGCAUACGGCACCCAAGGGCGCUGAUCUGGUCGCUCAGGCCUUUGUGAGAGGGUUGGUUUGUGGUGGAUCGUUGUUGAGUAACUAUGUCAAGAAUGCUACGAGUUCGAUCGAGGGAUCGUGCUUGUGA